UAGAAUGGUUUGAUGACGUCUGGAGGCUGGGAUGCAAUGGACCUCACAUCUGCAAAGGAUGGAGUGCUGCUCAAUAACAAUAAGCUCCCAGCACUUUCUCACAUGAUUGUGUGAUGCAGAAAGGAAUGGAAAGCAAGUCUACCUCGGUCUAUAUUGCCGCAGAAGUGCGUUCAGGAUGCAGUUUUGAAUUUCAGUCGCUCCAUAGGCUGGUAUUGACAGCAGAGGGGUAACAUAUUGGUCAUUCUCGGCUGGGGGUAACUUGGGAGAGGGUGAACGAUGGCAGGCGCUAAACUCACGCCAUCUCCUUCGGAGAUAGACCCAGACGUCAAGACCGAGGCGACGAAAACACCGGAGGAGCCGACUUGGGUCAACCCGUCGAAGCCGAUACGAACGAUGGGCUCUUUUGGGAGUGAUGCUGGGCAAAGGUAUCAGGAGGAGUACAGUAUGGACUCUACCAACGCCCAGGUGCAGGUGGAGUUCUAUGUGAAUGAAAACACCUUCAAGGAGAGGCUCAAGCUGUUCUUCAUCAAAAACCAAAGGUCAAGCCUGAGGAUCCGUCUGUUUAACUUCUCCUUGAAGCUGUUGACGUGUGCCCUUUACGUCAUCAGAGUGGCUCUGGACGACCCUGAACAGGUCACUGGAGCAUGUGUCAACUGUCAGAAUAGAACAAGCACAGCCACAGCAGAAUCCACAGAAAUCACAGAAAUCAACUGGGAGUUGAUUUUCUGGGUGAACAGAAGGGUUCCUGUCUGGGCAAUACAGGUGACCGUGGCCUUAAUCAGUUUCCUGGAGGCGAUGCUCCUCACGUAUCUCAGCUACAAGGGGAACAUCUGGGAGCAGAUGUUCCAGAUCUCCUUCAUCCUGGAGAUGAUUAAUACCGUGCCAUUUAUAAUUACUAUCUUCUGGCCUCCGUUGAGAAACAUCUUCAUCCCAGUGUUUCUCAACUGCUGGUUAGCCAAGUGUGCCCUGGAGAAUAUGAUUAACGAUCUCCAUCGUGCCAUCCAGAGGACCCACUCUGCCAUGUUCAACCAGGUCCUCAUACUUAUCUGCACCCUUCUCUGUCUGGUCUUCACUGGGGCAUGUGGUAUCCAGCAUCUAGAGAGGGCCGGAAAGAACCUGACUCUGUUCAACUCUCUGUAUUUCUGCAUCGUCACCUUCUCUACGGUGGGCUAUGGUGACGUCACACCUCAUAUCUGGCCUUCUCAGCUGCUGGUGGUCAUUCUCAUCUGUGUGGCCCUUGUGGUGCUCCCGCUACAGUUUGAGGAGUUGGCCUAUCUGUGGAUGGAGCGUCAGAAGUCAGGAGGGAACUACAGCAGACACCGGGCCCAGACAGAGAAACAUGCGGUCCUGUGCGUCAGCUCUCUGAAGAUAGACUUGCUCAUGGACUUCCUCAACGAGUUCUACGCUCAUCCUAGAUUACAGGACUACUAUGUGGUGAUCCUGUGUCCUACAGAGAUGGACAUCCAGGUGCGUCGCAUCCUCCAGAUCCCUCUGUGGUCCCAGAGGGUCAUCUAUCUCCAGGGCUCAGCACUCAAAGACACAGACCUCAUGAGGGCCAAGAUGGAUGAUGCAGAAGCCUGUUUUAUCCUGAGCAGUAGGAACGAGGUGGACCGCACUGCUGCUGAUCACCAGACCAUACUGAGAGCCUGGGCUGUGAAGGACUUUGCCCCAAACUGCCCCCUGUACGUCCAGAUCCUCAAACCAGAGAACAAAUUCCAUGUAAAGUUUGCUGAUCAUGUGGUCUGUGAGGAGGAAUUCAAGUAUGCCAUGCUGGCUCUGAACUGUGUAUGUCCAGCCACAUCCACACUGGUCACACUCCUGGUGCACACCUCCAGAGGACAGGAGGGCCAGCUGUCGCCAGAGCAGUGGCAGAGGACGUAUGGACGUUGCUCUGGGAACGAGGUCUACCACAUCCGCCUGUGCGACAGCAAGUUCUUCGGGGAGUACGACGGAAAGAGUUUCACCUACGCCUCCUUCCACGCACACAAAAAGUAUGGUGUGUGUCUGAUCGGGGUGAAGAGGGAAGACAACAAGAGCAUCCUGUUGAACCCAGGUCCUCGCCACAUCAUGUCCGCCCCAGACACCUGCUACUACAUCAACAUCACCAAGGAAGAGAACUCCUCGUUCAUCUUCAAACAGGAGGAGAAAGACAAGAAGGGCCUGCCGGUGACCGGGCUGUAUGACGCCCCCGCCAGGCUGCCUGUACACAGCAUCAUCGCCAGCAUGGUUGAUCAGGCCAAUUUUUAUGGGACGGUCGCCAUGGACCUCCAGAACCCGGCGGACCCCCCAGAGGACUGCAGCAAACUGACCCUGCCUACAGAGAACGGGGCUGGGAGCAGACGGCCCAGCAUUGCCCCCGUCCUGGAGAUAGCUGAUUCCUCCUCCAUUUUGCCCUGCGACCUGCUCAGCGACCAAUCAGAGGACGAGACCAACCACUCAGACGAGGAGGGCUCGUCGGUGUCAGACUUUGUGAAAGGAUACCCUCCCAACUCCCCAUACAUUGGCAGCUCUCCAACCCUGUGCCAUCUCCUACCUCAGAAAGCCUCAUUCUGCUGCCUUCGGCUGGACAAGGGUUGCAGACACAACAGUUUUGAGGAUGCCAAGGCCUAUGGUUUUAAGAACAAGCUGAUCAUAGUAUCCGCGGAGACGGCAGGGAACGGCCUUUAUAACUUCAUCGUCCCUCUACGUGCUUACUACCGCCCCAGAAAAGAGCUCAACCCUAUUGUACUGCUACUAGACUACCCGCCUGACAACCACUUCCUAGAAGCCAUCUGCUGUUUCCCAAUGGUCUACUUCAUGGGCGGCACCAUAGAUAACCUGGACAAUCUGCUACAGUGUGGCAUCAUCUAUGCUGAUAACCUGGUGGUGGUGGACAAGGAGAGCACCAUGAGUGCUGAGGAGGACUAUAUGGCAGAUGCCAAGACUAUCGUCAACGUACAGACAAUGUUCAGGCUGUUCCCCAGUCUCAGUAUCAUCACCGAGCUGACCCACCCCUCCAACAUGAGGUUUAUGCAGUUCAGGGCUAAGGAUUGCUACUCCCUGGCUCUCUCCAAGCUAGAGAAGAUAGAGCGCGAUAAGGGUUCCAACUUGGCCUUCAUGUUCCGCCUGCCGUUCGCUGCAGGCAGAGUGUUCAGUAUCAGUAUGCUGGAUACGCUGCUCUACCAGUCAUUUGUAAAGGACUAUAUGAUUCCCAUAGCAAGACUUUUACUAGGCCUGGAUACCACACCAGGGUCUGGUUACCUAUGUGCAAUGAAGGUGACAGAGGAGGACCUGUGGAUCAGGACGUAUGGCAGGUUAUUCCAAAAACUGUGUUCUUCCAGUGCAGAGAUUCCAAUAGGCAUCUACCGUACAGAGUCACACAUGUUCUCCUCCUCAGAGUCUCAAGUAUCCAUCAACGUAGAGAACACUGGUGGUGACGACCAGAGAAGCAAUCGUCGCGAGUCGUGGAAGGAGAAAACAGCUCAGCGGAACUCCACCACCAGCGACCAAUCAGAACAUCCGUUGCUGAGGAAGAAGAGCCUCCAGUGGGCGCGGCGUCUGAGCCGUAAGAACACCAAGCCACCGAGUCGCACCGAGCGGAUCUCCCAGCAGCGCCUCAACCUGUACCGGCGCUCCGAGAGACAGGAGCUGUCUGAGCUGGUCAAGAACCGCAUGAAGCACCUAGGCUUGCCCACUGUCGGAUACGAGGAUGUUGCUAAUCUUACUGCGAGUGAUGUCAUGAACCGAGUAAAUCUAGGAUAUUUACAAGAGUUGCAGGGAAUUUCAGAGCCUCCGUUAAGAGAAGAGACCAGAACAGGGGCAAACACAGAUGAGAUGAACGACCAUCAGAACAGUCUGUCCUACGUUCUCAUCAACCCCCCUCCAGACACCAUGCUGGAGCUCAAUGACAUUGUCUACAUCAUCCGGUCCGACCCGCUGGCAGGGCCCGAUGUGCCCGAGGAUGUGGCUCAGGGGCAGAGCAGCGGCGGCGGCCAGACGAGGCAGGACUUUGGCACAGAGACCAGGGAUGAGACCCACCUCUGAAAUCCCCUCGCCUCACCACCCCCGGACCUCUUGCCCCCUUGUCUCACCACCCACGGACCUCUCGCCCCCUUGUCUCUCCACCCCCGGACUUCUUGCCCCCUUGCCUCUCUACCCCGGACCUCUCGCCCCCUUGUCUCACCACCCCCGGACCUCUCGCCCCCUUGUCUCACCACCCCCGGACCUCUCGCCCCCUUGCCUCUCUACCCCGGGACCUCUCGCCCCCUUGCCUCUCUACCCCCCCGGACCUCUCGCCCCCUUGUCUCACCACCCCCGGACCUCUCGCCCCCUUGUCUCACCACCCCCGACCUCUCGCCCCCUUGUCUCUCCACCCCCAGACCUCUCGCCCCCUUGUCUCUUCACCCCCGGACUUUUAGCCCCCUUGUCUCACCACCCCCAGACCUCUCGCCCCCUUGCCUCUCUACCCCGGACCUCUUGCCCCCUUGUCUCUCCACCCCGGACCUCUCCCCCCUUGUCUCACCACCCCGGACCUCUAGCCCCCUUGUCUCACCACCCCCGGACCUCUAGCCCCCUUGUCUCACCGCCUUUGCACGUGAUACAUUCUAUUUGUGCCAUACAAGGGGAAGAUCCCCACUGCCCUUGCCCACCCUUACCUUCCAAUCCCCCUUCACCCUAUGUCAGAUUUACAGAGAGACACGUGUCACUGAGCUGCUAUGGGAGGAUGCAUGAAGAGUGCCUCGUCAUUACCUAACCUCUUAGAGAGCAUCAGACACACAGACUCAGACAUUGCCCUCUUUGCAAAAGAUAAAACAUGAACAAUGCACCAGUCGAUGGAAACAUACUGGUAACCAACCAAAGGAGAGGAGAGACAGAUUAUGUCGGAGGUCAUGUGAUGCUCUGAAUAUUUAGAGGUUUGUUUGAUUUAGCUCGUCGGCAUACUAGGUGGGUGGAGCUUGCUUACACUUUAGCACCAAUAGAAAGGUGUCUAAAGGUUAAACUCUGCCCAAAUGGCGCGCCUGCGAGCUACACCAAGCACACUUGGCAUGUGUGUGUGUGUAGACUGUGUGAAUAUCAGUUGCAAAAUCAAGUCAUGUACAGAAAAUGUUAUUCCUUAACAAGAAUUCCUGGCAGUAUUCUUACACAUCAAUCAUGAAAGUACAUGAGAACUUAUUAUUUUCCUUAUGAGCACAACCCACUGGGCCCAGACGUCAAUUCAACAUCUACGUUGGUUCAACGUAAUUUCAUUGAAAUUAUGUAAAAAACAGUGUGAAGACUUUUAUAAGCAAUUUUUUUAAACACUAUCUUUUACUGCUCAUUCUGUAUAAAUUUUUUUUUCUUCCAAAUAUCAUGCUAUUUGUUAUUAAAAAGUAUAGAAUACUUAAUGGAUGGAUGAACCUUAAUAAAUUACGCCAUGCACCUACGUCAUUCUAUUUGUGCCAUACAGUUUCUGGUUCUUUUAUGUAUCAGUCAAUGUUCAACGAAAGCCAAUGCUCAAUCAUUCCACAUUUCUGACAGGAUUUGAUUAAUUACAGUAGAACAAUCUUUCAGAGCUGUUUACAGUGGCAACGCUAUGUUAUGAACACUUAUGAACAAUUAUAUUGCACAAUAAGAGACAAGCAUAGUUAAAGUGAUAGGUCACUCCAAAAUGAUAUCAAAAGUAAUCUGAUGUUGAGUUGGAGUGAACUAUUACUUGAAGUCUGUUAAUAUGGCCAGUACCUGGGCUUGGAGUGCAGUGGUGCAAGCUUGCCUUCCAAUAUGUCAUUUCACUUGUACAGUAAAUGUAGUAUUGUGUGUGCUUUAUAUAUUUUAAUAAUUAUUUAAGAUAUUUAUCUGUUGAAUUUCUGAUACUGUUUGCUUGGACUAAUAUGUGUGGUGAUAUCAUUGUAAACAUUUUUUUUUAUCCUCAUUGUUUGGUUCAACGUUCUUUUGGUCAUUAUUAGUCAAAUGAAAACAAAUGGGACUUGAAAUAUUUUUGCACUAAGCUCUGUGGUCGUUAAUAGAGCAUUAUAGCAUGACCCUUUAACCCGAAACUUUAACUAUACAAUAAAAGACUUUAGUAUUUGCACA